GGUGAAUUAACUAGAUGGUCCGCACAAAAGAAUACAAGAGUGAAACACCUUCUACAAGUUACGAACCCUCAAUGUCAGAUAAUACUUCUAUUACCAAAAAAUAUACUUCAGAAUUCAAGGAUCCCAGAAAAAUAUUGAGUGUUUCUAUAUUAUUUUGCGUAAACCUUCUCAAUUAUAUGGACAGGUACACUAUAGCAGGUGUACUGACCAACAUACAGUCUUUCUAUCACAUUAAUGACGCUCAGGGAGGCCUAUUACAAACGGUCUUCAUAAUCUUUUUCAUGCUUUGCUCACCACUGGUAGGUUAUUUAGGUGAUAGGUAUAGUCGGAAGAAUAUAAUGUUAGCCGGUAUUUCGGUAUGGGUAGGCGCAGUAGUAGCAUCGACGUUUGUUCCAGAAGAUAAAUUCUGGCUGUUUCUUGUUUUUCGAGGAAUAGUAGGAGUCGGCGAAGCUUCAUAUGCAAUUGUCUCCCCGUCAUUGAUAGCCGAUAUGUUUACUAGCCAGAAUAGAAGCAAAAUGCUAAUGGUGUUCUAUUUCGCCAUACCUUGUGGCAGUGGUCUGGGCUUCAUUGUUGGCUCAUCCGUGACAGCUCUCACUGGUCAAUGGGGAUGGGGAGUGCGUGUUACGGCUGUUAUUGGAGUGGUAUGCCUUGCGAUGAUUGUGCUGUUCAUUCGCGAGCCACAGCGAGGAGCAGCCGAACGCGAAAAAGGUGAAAUCGUAGUGGAGGUUGUCACUACAAACUAUUGGGAAGAUAUCAAAGCUUUGUUGGCAAACCUUACCUACAUAUUCGGUACCAUUGCUUAUACCGCAAUCGUCUUCGUCGUGGGAACACUGACAUUCUGGGGGCCAACUGCAGUACAGCACAGUGAAGCAGAUAGACUGGGAUUCAAUUCUACCACUUUGUUAGAUCCAAAGGAAAAAGUCCAAAUUAACUUCAACUUUGGUCUCGUCACUUUCAUUGGAGGAGUUUUCGGGGUGUCUUUUGGCUCAGCACUGUCGAUGAUGCUUCGAACCGGCUGGGGUCCGUUCAGAUGUGUAAAAACGAUCAGAUCAGAUCCAAUAGUUUGUGGACUUGGCGCACUAUUGAGCAUUCCAUGUCUAUAUCUUGCGAUCCACUUUAUAAGAAAAAACGUGACAGUGUGUUAUGUACUCACAUUCUUCACCAUAACUACAAUAUGCUUCAACUGGGCGACGGUUGUCGACAUGCUUAUGACUGUGGUGCCGCCAGCACGACGUAGUGCAGCGAACUCAUGGCAGAUGUUGCUUUCGCAUUUGCUCGGAGAUGCAUCAGGUCCCUACGUUAUAGGAAUAAUCUCAGACGCUAUUCGAGGGGAUGACGAUUCUCCUUAUGGUCAUUACGUCUCGUUGAGUAAAGCAUUCUACCUUCCAAACGCGUUGCAGCUUAUAAGUGCUGUAGUUUUCUUCGUUGCCGCAUGUACAUUUGUCAGAGACCACAACAGAUUCAAAGAAGCCAUGGGGGUUCUGCAUUGUACAGAAAAGUCGCUGCAGAACGGACCGUCCAUUGAGAAUGGUGAAGAUAACCGAGGUUUUGCAACAACAGAAAAGGAGAAAGGAAUGUAACCUUGACGUAAUUGACAGCUGUUAAUUGCAACAUGUAAAUAUACUACAAGUCCUUUCAAAUACCAAAGUUUACCGCCAAUCUCUGGCCAAAUCUUAUCCAGGUGCAUAAAUAAAUUGUAUUUUGUUUUAAAU